AUGGCAUCCGUCACGUCCCUCGACAAGGACCUGCGCAGGUUGCGCCUUGAGAAAUACACGCCCGCCGCAGCCAAUGAAGCCCGCGCAUGGAUCGAGGAGACGCUCGGCGAAUCGCUGCCGUCAAAGGAUCUGCUGGAAGGUCUCAAAGACGGCGUCGCUCUCUGCAAACUCGUCAAUCUCGUCCUUCCUGCCCCCGGCAUCAAGUUCAAAAAGUCGGCCAUGCCCUUCGUCCAGAUGGAAAACAUAUCGCAUUUCUUGCGCGCAUGCCAGGCCCCGCCAUUGAACCUGCAACAGCACGACAUGUUCCUCACUGUCGACCUCUACGAGCAAAAGGACCCGGCCCAGGUGCUGCAGUGCAUCGGCGCGUUCAGCAGAGCCGCGAAUGCCGCCAACCCUAGCAAGUUCCCUCAUCCCAUCGGGCCCAAGACGGUGAAGCCGGGCGCUGUUACACCUCAAGGCACCGGCGACGCACCGGCAACUUCACGCGCUCGCGGAGCUUCCUUUACCAGAAAUGCCUCGACGACCAAACAGAGUCCCGGAAAGCCCCCCGGCUCCCCCGAGUCGGUUAGCUCCUGGAGCAGGAGAGAACACGAGGGCUCGACGGCCCCCGCUUGGAACAUUGCGCAAUACGGCUACAUGGGCGGCGCCAGUCAGGGUAACUUGGGCAUCGCCUUUGGGGCCCGCAGGCAGAUCACUGGCUCCGGGCCUCAGGUACCAAGCCUGGCUGAGAAGGAGCGCAUCAGGAAAGAAAAGAUUGCGGAAGAAGAACGUCAGCGACAAGAGGCCCAGGCCCGGCGUCAAGCCCAGCUCGAAGACGAAAACCGUGCUCGCGCCGAAGAGGAGAAGCGAUGGCAGCAAGAGACGGAGCGACAGAGGGAGGAAGAGCGCCGCAAGGUUCUAGAAGAGAAGCAGCGGUGGCAGGAGGAGGAGCGGCAGUGGAAGCUGACGGAAGAAAAGCGCCGCAAGGAAGAAGCCGAGGCCGAGGCUCGCCUCGAGGAAGAGCGCCGCCGCGUCAGAGCCAAGAGCCCUCUCAAGCUGCAUGGGCAAUACCUAAGCCAGUACCAAGCCGAACAGGCGGCCGUCGCUGACGUGGCUGGAGAGCGGCUCCGCGAGGCACAACAGCGCGAGGCCGAGUAUGAGCGCGAGCGCCAGGAGCGAGCUGCUGACGGCGAAGUGCCCGAUUCACCGGCCAAGCUGAGAGGCCGGACGGGCGAGCGGAGCCCCAGACCGGUCAACAACACCUCGCAGCUCAACCGCCACGAGUCUUGGUCGCAGGGCGAGCGCGAAGUCCUCCAUACCAAGUGGAAGCAGCAUCAGGACGACCUCAAGGAGGACGAGCGCGAGGGGCUGGCUUCUUCGCCGAUGCCCAAGUCCCCUCGCCCUCUGCCCAACCCCAGCGCGCUUCCGGGCGGACGACCGCUGCCUGACCCGGCCAAGUACUCGUCUCCUCCCAGGGACACGGCGCAGAACCGCACAGAUCGCUUCCUGGCGAGCAAUCCCGCGCCGAAGCCCGUCGUCGCGCAUCAGACGUACGCGCGAGAGCUCGGAGCGACGGAGGAGCGCGACGCCGAAGACCAGCGCCGCAUCCAGAGCCAGGAACAGACCAAGGCGAGCGGCUGGGCGUCCAAGUCGCUGCUCGAGCGCGAGAAGGAGCUGGAGCGGCAGCGGCAGAAGGAGUGGGAGGAGGCCCAGAAGGAGACGGCCGCCAUGGCCCGGGGCGACAACGGCGUCGACGGCAUCGGCGGCGGCAUCGACGGCCGCUGGGACGUCAGCCAGUGGAGCGGCUACACGGGCGGCGACGGCCAGAACAAGGGGUCCCAGGGCAUCGGCGCAGGCCGGAGGCAGAUUGUUGGGCCGCGUCCUCUGCCCACCAGUCCCGGGCGGUACUGA